AAGUUUCUCUGCCAGCAUGUCUGCCCCACAGAAUAUCCCCAUCCCGGACGCCGGGAAACGCGUCUUGAGCACCGUGACCCUGGCCCCCGCCCUCGGGUUCGUGCCGAUUGCGGUCCAUUUUGACCUCUUCGGCUGUCUCCACGACGUCGGGAAGCCCGCCACCGCGCAGGACGUAUGCAACGUGCAUCGGAGGAAAUACGGAGAAUCGGAUCUGUCUGUGCCCUUGGCGAAUGAUGCCCUGUUCCUAAUGGGAGGCCUCGGUUUCCUCGACCUCCUGCCCGACGAUGUCUAUCUCGCCAAUGAAGUGACCAAGUUUCUGGUCGAGACACCGUCAGCACAACACGGCGCCAUGCAUUUCACCUCCGAAGGCCUACUGGGGGCCGCCUUUCUCAUGCGCCACCUGCAAGACACCAAAUUCCAGUACCCCUUCCAGGAAUGCGACACGCCCUUUCAAUAUGCCUACAAAUGCAUGGGCAACGAUUUCCUGGCGCAAGAACAUGUGUACUCGGUCAUGCACCACACCGGCCGGCUGGACAGCUUCAACACCUUCAUGACAGGCAAGUUCGGCCGCUGGGGUACGAUGCCCGACCGGGUCCGCAAACUCGGCUAUGACCUGGAUGGCCUGCUGCAGUCCGUGACCCCCGACCAUCUCCGGAUUGUGGACAUUGGAGGGGGCCGAGGAGAGCUUCUCCUCGAGUUGAAAGCCGCGUACCCUCAUCUCCUGCACAAGGACCAUCUCAUUCUGCAGGAAUACAAUGCCGAUAUCGGGGUGGUGCCCGAAGUCACCGAGAUGGAGUGGAACUACAAGGAGAAUGGCAGUGAACAACCGGUUCAGGGGGCAUUACUCUACUCCAUGGCGCAUGUGUUACAUAAUCUGUCGGACAUUGAGUCCAUCAAGCUCCUGGCCAAGGUCGCCCGGGUCAUGGCCCCGGGGUCGCGGCUCCUGAUCCAGGAGCUCACCAAGAACGCGGCCAGUGCGACGACCCACGCCGCCAUGAUUGUCAUGCACGCCGGGCGGGAGCGGACCAGUGCCGAGUGGCAGGACUUGGCCGCCUUUGCUGGCUUGGAGGUGACGUUCGAGGCGUAUCCUCCGCUGGGGGAGUGUGUGGUGGAGAUGCGAAAGGUCUUGAACUGAAUGGUAGGCCCUGCUGCAAGCAUGUGUUUUGAUAUGGCGCCCAGGAUAGCGAUGUUGGUACCCCUAUAAUAAAAUCCAGGUUGAAGCGCCAUACCGUACCCCCAUACGUAGCGCAAGCUGUCUGCCUGGGGCACUAUGUUGAUUUCUCACGGGAUAUUGGUGCUACGCCCCAGGAACCCCCGUUAACACAAGGGUCAGAUCAUGAAUAAUAUCCAAAUGCUAUCAUCAUCCUACCAAUGGGUUAAUAGAACGGUUAAGCGAGGCAGCAGAGACUGGAUGACGCUCGAGGAUAGUAGUAGUGGCUG